GGACAAGGCACAGAUACAAGAAGCAAUUAAAAUCCAGGGUGAAGUGGUCCGGAAGUUGAAGUCAGAGAAGGCGAGCAAAGACCAGUGCUAGGGUUGCUUACCAAUUUUUCCCUGUUCUUCCUGCCUGACUGUGGAUGACCUGCUCUUCAUCAUCAACUUCAUCUCUGUCUGUGAAUCCAACCCUCCUGGAUGAUACUGCACAACUCUUCUUCUACUGACUGUGAUUUGCUGCUGUGGCUGAAUCCGGACAUUACCAUUGGAUAAUGCUGUACCCAUGAUGCUCUCCUGAACUCCUGCUCGUCCAAUCUCGACUUUUUUUUACUGUUAUAUUUUUUUGUGCCUCAUGCUGUGGGAUGAACAUGCUGGGUACAUUCUGUGUUCGUACCUGUUCUGGUCUGAUGGGCCUUCGGACUGCAAACCUUUUCCGACCUCUGCACUCCUUUCCUGGGAUCACUGUGGCUCAGAUUGAUGAAGAGGUAGCCAAACUGCUGGAGCUGAAAGCUCAGUUAGGAGGAGAUGAUGGCAAACAUCAGUUUGUCCUGAAGACGGCAAAGGGAACCAGGGACUACAACCCCAAACAGAUGGCCAUCAGAGAGAAGGUGUUCAACACCAUCAUCAGGAGCUUCAAACGCCACGGAGCAGAGACCAUAGACACGCCUGUGUUUGAGUUAAAGGAGACGUUGACAGGGAAGUAUGGAGAAGACUCCAAACUCAUCUACGACCUUAAAGAUCAAGGUGGAGAGCUGCUGUCCCUCAGAUAUGACCUCACUGUGCCCUUCGCCCGUUACCUUGCAAUGAACAAGAUAACUAACAUCAAGCGCUACCACAUUGCUAAGGUCUAUCGCCGUGACAACCCAGCUAUGACUCGUGGACGCUACCGAGAGUUUUACCAAUGUGAUUUUGACAUCGCAGGGCAGUAUGACGCCAUGAUUCCAGACGCUGAAUGUCUGAAGAUCGUCCAUGAGAUCCUCAGUGAGCUGGACCUCGGAGACUUCCGUAUCAAGGUCAACGACAGACGCAUUCUCGACGGGAUGUUUGCUGUGUGUGGAGUCCCAGAUGACAAGUUCCGUACCAUCUGUUCCACGGUUGAUAAACUGGACAAGAUGGCCUGGGAGGACGUGAAGAAAGAGAUGGUGAAUGAGAAGGGCCUGUCAGAGGAGGCAGCUGACCAGAUUGGGGAGUACGUCAGUAUGCAGGGUGGGAUGGACUUGGCAGAGCGGCUACUUCAGGAUCAGAAGAUGUCUCAGAGUAAACAGGCCUGUGCUGGUCUCUCUGACAUCAAGCUGCUCUUCAGCUACCUGCAGCUCUUCCAGGUCACAGACAAGGUGGUGUUUGACCUCAGUCUGGCUCGUGGUCUGGACUAUUACACAGGAAUCAUUUAUGAGGCAGUGCUGACUCAGGCAGGUGUGGCCCCGGUCUCCACUGAAACCCCACAGGGGGCUCCUGCAGAGGAGAGUGUCAGCGUGGGCAGCGUGGCUGGAGGGGGGCGCUACGACGGCCUGGUGGGCAUGUUUGACCCUAAAGGCAGGAAAGUGCCAUGUGUGGGCGUCAGCAUCGGCAUCGAGAGGGUCUUCUCCAUCAUGGAGCAGAAAGCUGAGGCUUCAGCAGAGAAGGUCCGGACCACAGAGGUUCAGGUGAUGGUGGCAUCGGCUCAGAAGAACCUGCUGGAGGAGAGACUCAAACUGGUCACUGAGCUCUGGAAGGCUGGCAUUAAGGCAGAGGUGAUGUACAAGAAGAACCCCAAACUGCUGAGUCAGCUGCAGCAUUGUGAGGAGUCAGGGAUCCCCCUGGUGGCCAUACUGGGAGAACAGGAGCUGAAAGAUGGAGUGGUUAAACUACGAGUGGUGUCCACUAGAGAGGAGUUUGACAUCUGCAGAGCUGGUCUUCUGGAUGAGAUCAGGAGGAGGACCUCUGAGGCCUAGCUCUUCCUGUAUCUAACCCCACCUCUAUCACCUGAUUGGUUCAAACACAAACGCUCUGCAGAAUCUUACUCUAAAGUGCUUAUCUCAUCCUCUGUAGAGCAUGUUGGAGCCCUGAAAACACAUCAGUCUCAUUUUCACACAGACAGCAGGUGGAGCUGUGACAGAGCAGUGGAGCUGACUUCAGGUUUAUAACAUGAUGUUCUUGUUAAAGGGAGUAGCCAUUAGAGAACAUCCAGGGAAUAUGGUGUCAUUUAUAUUUAAUAUGUUUGAAUUCUGUGUCUGAGAGAUGAGUACAGAUCAAUGAUGUAAAUCAAACUCCUCACGUCCAAUCAGUGUCCCAGACUCCAUAAAGCUGCUGCAGUUCAUUUGGUCUUCAUCACAUGAAUGAUAAAAACACAGCGUUCCUGCAGGUGCUUUACCUGCUCAGGUGAGAACCUGUUAGAGACAUUUACUCUGAACCAUCAGACUCAACUAAAGGCUCAUAACUUCAUCAAACAGCUUCUUCUCUCCAGUGUCUGAAAUAAACCUGUACAUGUCAUCAUGGUG